AUGUCUUACAGUGCCCAUCAGUAUCAGCUUCGUGAGCUUGCUGCUCAGGUCUCACCCAGAUCUCGCUACCGCACCAUAUAUCCACAACUAUCUACGCGCUAUCAGCAAGCUUCUAACCUGCAGGGAUGUGAUAUCUUCGGUCAUCGUCUCCGCACAGUACCUUUUGCUCCUGUCACCACUCAUGGAGUUCCAACCCACAUUUCAUCGGCGCUUGCGGCCUGGAGCAUCCCUCCAGAAAACUGGAUUCACUACUAUAACGGUACUUAUGCAUGGCCUACUGGUCUAGCGAUCCCAGAUCCUCGCAUAUCGCGGUUGGAGCAGUCCUUCGUUCCCACGAUGUCGUUCUUACCGCAAUUCGCUUCGAACACGGCCACCAGCCCGCAUCCAGUCCACAACAAUCAAUUUUCGAGAGUUUUCAGUGGCCGUCUGCGACGCGCACCAGGCAGUCAUUCGUUCUCUCUUCGCGACCAGUACGGCAUUAGAUCGCCACUCGGACCCUUUGGCUCUCGAUACACCCAAUCUGAUGGCUCGAACAGUGCCAGCUACGACAGUAGCUCUCAUACAAGCCUGGAAUUCUUUGAAGAAGACAUUUGCCCCCCUCCUGGGUUCGAUGACCCCAAGUCCAUAGAAGAGCAGUUAACCGACCUUCGCGCCAUCGUCAACUUCAUCGUUCCCGCUGGUGGAGAAGAUCCCAAUGUCAACCACGGGCCAGCCUUCGAGCGCCUCAAGUUCUCUCCUGGUGACGAUAACGAGGUAAUCGAACACUUCGUCCGUAAUGCCGAAGCACAGGACCCGGAUUUUAAGGACAAACUCGCCGAGUUUAGCAACGACCGACCUGAUAUGUUCCGGGGCGCUUCUCCGACCGAUGACUGGCGCAAGCAGGAGAUGUACAUGUCGGGAUGCGUUGAACAUCAGGGCGAAUGGAUGAGGCUAGUGAUAUAG